AAUAAAAUAAAAUAACACACCAGCAGAAAUGACUUAGUGACGAAAACCGAAACACGUCAAAAAUUCCCCCCUCCAAAGAUGUACGCCAAAGCACGAGGGUUGACCGCAGGAAGGGCGCCAGGGGAAGAUGGCAGACGUUCGACGAGAGAAGGAGGCGACUUCCACGCUCUGAAAUGCAGGAUAAUGAACGCCCUACAUAAAGUUAGGACUGCAGGAUGGGGUGUGUGGGUCGUGGCUCUGUUCUUGUACGUGUCACUGGCGCUCCUGCUUCAACCUGACGCCGAGGAACUGUUUGAGGAGGAACUGCUGGAUCUGCACACGUGGGUCGCUGAGAACGAAGCAAUGAUGCGAGAGGAACACAAGCAAAGGAGCCAGACCGCCCACGCAGUAUGUGAGAAAUACGAUGUUUAUAUGGGACAAGACGAUUACAUAAGGAAGUCAACACAGCACGGUGAACAGCUGCAGUACUCGGACUGGUUCACGCUCAAACGCGUUAACUGGAACUCCAUGUACUAUUCCCCGACCGAGGACUUCGUAUAUUGCAAGGUCCCCAAAGGCGGUUCCUCAACCUGGGUCUACAACUUGCUCAAGCUUGCAAACGUACCGGACGAACAGAUCGAUAUCCGUUUACAUCAACGUCUGCGAGAUUAUUAUCCAAAGAUGUCAAGCAGCACUAUGAAAAGGACAUUAAAAAAGAGUUACAAGUUUAUGGUGACCAGACAUCCCUUCGAGCGCCUCCUGUCCGCCUACAGGGACAAACUGGAGAGCUACGAGCGUGACCUUAUGUUCAGGAACGGCUAUUACAACACCAUGUACGGCAAAUAUAUUGUUAAAGUAUACCGCGACGACUCGGACGUGACGCUCAGUAACCGCACUGAGCCGACGUGGCAGGAGUUCGUGAAAUACCUCAUUAACACGCCGUCUUCGAAGUUCGACGAGCACUGGAGGCCGAUCUACGCUCUCUGCUCGCCGUGCGUGAUCAAGUACAACGUCAUUGCCAAGAUGGAGACGUUCAGCGAGGACACCCAGUUUAUCAUCAACCAGCUGGGAUUGGAAGACCGCCUGCACGUUGAAUGGAUCCACAAAACAAGCGACACUCGGACGUCCGAUAUUGCAACAGCUUAUUUCUCGCAACUCACCUUGGCGCAGAUCGAUCAGCUGUUCGAGAAGUACCGACUAGAUUUCGAACUAUUCGGAUACGACUACGAUGCCUACCGACAGAUGGCUCUGGAAGAAUAACCGAGCCUAAACGUCGCUUGGAAAGUUUUAUAUUAAUUUAUUUAUGUAUUCUCGUAACGUGUAAGGUCACUCACUGUGUUUCAUAUAUGUACUGGAUCAGUAUUCGCUCGUUGUUUGAUUAAUAUUUAAAAUAAAUAAUAUCUAGAUAGAUUAUCUGAUAAUUUAUGGUAUAAGAUAUGAUUUUAAAAAUCAAAACAAAAAUAGACAUUUAUUUGCCUGUUAUAACUCUUACAUAUACGUAGCCAUCUUCAACACACGAGGCAAAAACAGUGAUUACUUUUUUUUUUAAUUCUUCCUCUUCACUCUCACCAUAUGAGGGCUUCUCUCUUUGCCGACCAGCCCUGAAUGAUCUUUUCAAUACUACUGUUACAUACUUUCUCUCAAAUGCCGUGUAAUACAGGGUAUUUGUUCGCCAACAUUUUCAGACCUCAAUUAUCGAGUCUGCAUGCACCAAUGGCAAUCUAUUUUUUAUUCAUAUUAUUAAGCAUCUGUCUACUUUCACUAGGGUAUUUACCCGUCUCUUGCACUUUCCUUGCUUCUUGCAUCACAAGGCAUUUAUCUACCUGCAAUGCAUAUCCUUGUUAUGGACAUAACUGCAACACACAUCACGAAUCACUAUUUACUAUUUGUAUCACAAUUUUAUUUACAAUCUCAGAGGAUGUUUUGUAAACACUCUCGUCUUUAUGGCUUCACUGUUAAACAUUUCCCUCCUUAAUCCACAUGGUAACAAUCCCAUAUUUACUUUAUCCCUAGAUAAUAUUAAAAUUGCUGCAUGUACAGCUGUUACCAACAGUGUUAUGGAUUAUGUAUAGUGUAAGAAAGCUGCUCAAGUAUUUCUAUUAUAAUUUUGAAGGGAGACGAAUAAAGACUACAAAAACGCUGUGAACAUAUAUUUAUUAAAUAAAGAUUAUAACCUUGA